GCUGCGGUAAAUCCGGGCUUGCGGCUGCCGGCGGAGCCUGCGGCCCGGUGGUCCCUGCUGCGCGCCCUGCGCCCCGAGAGCCAUGCAGAUGUCCUACGCCAUUCGGUGCGCCUUCUACCAGCUGCUGCUGGCCGCGCUAAUGUUGGUGGCGAUGCUGCAGCUGCUCUACCUGUCGCUGCUGUCCGGGCUACACGGGCAGGAGGAGCAAGACCAGUAUUUCGAGUUCUUCCCCCCAUCCCCGCGGUCCGUGGACCAGGUCAAGGCGCAGCUCCGCACCGCGCUGGCCUCCGGAGGCGUCCUGGACGCCAGCGGCGACUACCGCGUCUACAGGGGCCUACUGAAGACCACCAUGGACCCCAACGAUGUGAUCCUGGCCACGCACGCCAGCGUGGACAACCUGCUGCACCUGUCCGGCCUGUUGGAGCGCUGGGAGGGCCCGCUAUCCGUGUCGGUGUUCGCGGCCACCAAAGAGGAGGCGCAGCUGGCCACGGUGCUGACCUAUGCGCUGAGCAGCCACUGCCCCGACAUGCGCGCCAGGGUCGCCAUGCACCUCGUGUGCCCCUCGCGCUAUGAGGCCGCGGUGCCCGACCCCAGGGAGCCGGGGGAGUUUGCCCUGUUGCGGUCCUGCCAGGAAGUCUUUGACAAGCUAGCCAGGGUGGCCCAGCCCGGGAUCAAUUAUGCGUUGGGCACCAAUGUCUCCUACCCCAAUAACCUGCUGAGGAAUCUGGCUCGUGAGGGGGCCAACUAUGCCCUGGUAAUCGAUGUGGACAUGGUGCCCAGCGAGGGGCUGUGGAGAGGCCUGCGGGAAAUGCUGGAUCAGAGCAAGCAGUGGGCGGGCACAGCGCUGGUGGUGCCUGCCUUCGAGAUCCGCCGAGCCCGCCGCAUGCCCACGAACAAGAAUGAGCUGCUGCAGCUCUACCAGGUGGGCGAGGUGCGGCCCUUCUAUUACGGGCUGUGCACGCCCUGCCAGGCGCCCACCAACUACUCCCGCUGGGUCAACCUGCCAGAAGAGACCUUGCUGAGGCCUGCCUACGUAGUGCCCUGGCAGGACCCCUGGGAGCCAUUCUACGUGGCUGGAGGCAAGGUGCCCACCUUCGACGAGCGCUUUCGGCAGUACGGCUUCAAUCGCAUCAGCCAGGCCUGUGAGCUGCACGUGGCAGGAUUUGAUUUCGAGGUGCUGAACGAAGGUUUCCUGGUUCAUAAGGGCUUCAAAGAAGCCUUGAAGUUCCAUCCCCAAAAGGAAGCCGAAAAUCAGCACAAUAAGAUCCUUUACCGCCAGUUCAAACAGGAGUUAAAGGCGAAGUACCCUGACUCCCCACGUCACUGCUGAGCCCUUCCCUCUCCUAGUCUGAGAAGUCAGCCUCCUCCCUCCUUAGGCCACCCCUCAGGCCUGACAGGGGUGAGAAAUUUCACUCCACUUUGCAGUGGUAGCUGUGGUGUUAGAACACUGGACUUGAAUAUGGGGUGCUGGGAUCAAAUCCUAGCUUUACCACUAACUAGCUGUGUGGCCUUGAGCAAAUCCUGUUCCCUCUCUGAGCCUCAGUUACCCCGUCUGUAAAAAGGGAGGUGAGAAUAUCUACCUCACAGAACUGUUGGGAGGCUCAGAUGAGAUGCUAUAUGUGAAAACAUUCUGUAAGCUUCGUACAAAUGUAAAGUAUUAUUAAUAUUAUUACAGUAUUAUUAUUAUUAACAGUCUUGGGUGGGUGGGUAGUAGGAGAGCAAAAAGUAUGCAUGGGACAGAGCUAGAAGUCUGAGUACUUAACAACAUGGACUUUUUGGAAAGAAAUCAGAGGAAGGCGUUGAAUUUAGUUCUUAGGUUUUGGGCAGUAGCCUAAACUUCCUGGUUCUCCCAGCCUUCCGUCCUCGGGGACUCUGGAGAAGGGAAGGGUCUGCAGGUUGUGUGUGUGGUAGUCCGCGAUCUCUAACCCUCGAAUAGGCUGGGCUGAGUUAUUUGCCUGCCAGUGACAAUGUGUAAAUAAAUGAGUGUUCACAUCUA